AUGCCUAGCCAAGUCAUCGAACAAAAAGUUGAGAACAACAGAUAUGCACCACACUAUCCAAUACCAAGGCGAAGACGGCCAAAACUGUCAGUAGACAUUUCAAAGCUUUAUAAUUAUAAUGAUAAUGAUCAUGACUAUGGUUAUGGUUAUGGUUAUAGUUAUGGUUAUGGUUAUGAUGAUGGUGAUGGUGAUGAUGACAGUGAUGGUGAUGACGGAUACGGUUGA